UUAUCAACAAAAUGCAUUAUAUGUUGUAGAAAGCUGGUUCGUUGCUGAUUUUUUUCCUCUAGAAAUAGCUGUAAACCAACUGGAUCAGCUGAGCCCAGAAGAACAGUUGCUGCUUAAGUGUGCUGCAGUCAUUGGUCACUCCUUCCACAUCGAUCUGCUGCAGCACCUGCUGCCUGGCUGGGGUAAACAUAAGCUACUGCAGGCGCUGAGGGCUCUUGUGGAUAUGCACGUGCUCCGCUGGUGCAGCCAGAGCCAGGAGCUUCCUGCUGAGCCACGAUCAGUGCCUUUUUCUGUUGAGAUUAUUGAAAAAAACAAAGAGGAAAAGAAAAAUUCAGAUGCUGGCUCUCCUCUCAGGCAAAAAGAGGAACUAUUCCUACCUCCUCCGGAGGUGUUAGAAUUUGAUGUGCCUCUAUUACGGGAAGCUGCUUGGGAGCUGUGGCCCAAGGCACAACAGAGAGCCCUGCAUCUUGAAUGUGCCUGCUUUCUCCGACACUUGGCCUGCCGCUGUGGCAGUUGCAGGGGCGGGGACUUUGUCCCCUUCCACCGUUUUGCCAUCUGUUCUAUCAAGAGCUCCAGAGGGUCAUCCCGAUUCUGCAGUUACAAGGAUACUGGCUCCGUGUUAACACAAGUGAUCACAGACAGAUUACAGCUGCCUUCUCCCCAAGAUAGUUUUCCGUUCCAGACAGAACUGUCCAGAAGUCGGGAAGCCUUCACAAGUGCACCCUGCAGGUCAGAGGAAGAGUUCCUGGAUCGAGUGAGCAGGAAGCUGGCUCAGGCCAGCCCCCAAAACGACCUGCUGACCACGAAGCCCUGUCGCUGUGAGGAAAUCCUGAAGUUAGUGCUCUCGCCCCUCAUCCAGCACUGCCUGGUCAUCGGAGAAAACACCUGUGCGUUUUAUUACCUGCUGGAGGCUGCUGCUGCCUCCUUGGACCUGUCAGAUAACUACAUGGCCUUCUUUUAUUUGAGGAAGGCAAGCAGUCUUCGGGGCCAGCCCUCUGCAUUCUCAUUUUUGAAAAGGCACAAGGUGAAGAUCUGUCAGUUUGAGGAGGCCACUUUCUGCCGUCUUCGGUCAGAGGUCUGUUUCAACAUGGGGCAGAUCACCUUGGCCAAAAAACUGGCUAGGCAAGCUCUCCGACUGCUGAAAAAGAAUUUCCCUUGGACCUGGUUUGGUGUCCUUUUCCAAACAUUCCUGGAAAAAUAUUGGCAUCCCCGUUCCCUGAGCCAACCUGCAGACAACCCUAGUGAGAAUAAGAAGAAGUUGGCAGUCCUGCAGCAGCAGGUGCAGUGCCUCUCCCUGCUCUGGCAGCUCUAUAACCUGGAGGCCACAGCCAGCAGCCGCAGGUUUGCCUGCCUGGCCACGCUGAUGCAGAAGAAUUCAGCCGAGGAGUUUGCCAAUGAAGCCCAGGUUGUCUCUACCUACGUGGCCCUCUCCCAGUUCUCCCAGAACGUGGGUGACACCGAGAAGUGGCUGCACUGCGAACAAAUGGCCAUUCAGAAAAGCAGCCUGUGCUGGUUCUCCAGAGAGGGGUUGUUGGCCACCGCGCAGCUCAUGCAGACCUUGGCCUACACCAAGCUCUGUCUUGGCCACCUUGACGUCUCCAUCAAGCUGGGUUUUCAAGCUCAUGAGAUAUGCAGGCACCUCCGGAAACCAACUCUGCAGAAUCUGGUUCUCUCAGUUCUCUUUAGAUCUGCAUUUCUCAAGAAGAAAUUUGAUCUGUGUGUCCAUGUGCUGGACAGUCAGUGGGCGCUCAUUUCCCAGGGUCAUGAUAUCCUUGGCCUGGCCUGCUUCUAUUCCGCUUGCUUAGAUCUGCUGCUCUACGGGAAAGGAUUGCUGUGCCGGCCCUUUGGAGAGUGUCUACGUUUCAUUCAAUACUAUGAGCAUAGCUGCGUUCUAACCUCUCAGAGCAAUGUGAUGCUGGGGGUCCACUCCUCUCUGGCCAUGUGGUUUGCCCAGGACUCAGAGUGGAACCUGUUUGAGUACCACUUCUCCAAGGCUCGCCAGUUGGUGAAAAGAACCAAUGCCUCACUGUUUGGUUCACAUGGCUUUGUCCGGUUCCUAGAGUGCCAUGUGCUGAUGUUACAGAAAGUGCCAGAGGGUGUCUUCAUGCACAUUCCCCCAGAGACUCCGAGUCAAGUCUUAAAGUACUUUAAGGAGUUCUUCUCUCGAUGUGUGACCUGCCCUGUCUAUCACCGGUGGGUCUCAGAGCUGAAAGCCUCUGUAAUGAGAUAUGGAAAGAGAGAAGUCAUGUCCUUGACUAACAUCAUCAGUCCUUUGGACACCUGCUUGGCCAGUAUUUGGAUAGAGGGAGAAUUCCUGGAGGAAAACAAGUCCUUUGAUGGAAAUUUAGCAAUACAGAGGUUUGACAGAGUGACUGAUGUCAAGGAGAACAGGGAUGAAGAAGAAACUCAAGAAUGUAAUAUUAAAACAAAAAAAAUCAUCUGAAGGGAUCAUGAUUCUCUUAUUGUAUAUAACACAAAGAAAUGCCUCAAGUUCUUCUUUUUAAGAUACUGUAUAUUUUAAUAAAAGCCUGUGUUU